CUCUCAAACGAUUCGGACGCGAAAUGCAAAAAAGGCUCAAGAAUUUCGAACCCAUCUCUGCCGAGUACAGAGCGCUUUUUGGAUAAUAUUUCAAGUGUUUUCGUACUGAGAAUUCGAGCAGAAUUCGAGAAGAAUUCGAGUGUGUUUAAACGCGCAUUUCGCCUUUUUCAUGUGUGUUGUAAAUGAAUCGCGAUACGGAAAUGGAAAUCGUUAUAGUUCUUUAUGUUCAACAUGGCCUAUGAGUAAACAAGUAAAGUGAAGCGUGCGGCCAGCGAUGCAAACCCAAAUUAUCGAAACAUUUUGUUCAAUAAAAGUAUGCUUUAACGUCCAUCCAUACAACCAUAAAAACCCAAUAGCCAACGUUUAAUGUGUUAUUUAAAAGAACUGGCAACGAAAAACUUCAACGAAAAUUUCAAGUUAAAGUCGAAAGUGUAGAACGAACUUUCCGCCGAGGGUGCACUCACAAAAGAAAACCGAGCAAAGCUCUCAUCAAAUUGUGCUUUGCAUGUUAAAUCAUGUAAAAAACUAGCGAUUCCUAUUGCUCACAGUGAAAAAGACUCUACAAUAGAUGACAAUAUUGAAAGAAAAACGGGAAGCAAAAUCACCGAAAAGUUAAAUUCUACAAAGUCAGCGCACAAAGUUCGAAUAUUCAAACAGGAAAACAAAGCAACGAAAAACGUACUUAAGAAAGGAUUCAUACUUUAACCAUACAAUUUAAAAUAGCUGCAGCCCAUUAUGAGCGGAGUCUUCCGUGCUGGCCGAGUGCAUAAACUGCUGCUGGCUGGGGCACAGGAGGAACAACAGCGACGACAAAGUGGCAGGACAAACAUAUCAGCAGCUUACGAUGAUAACAACGAUAAUAAUGAUGGCGCGGAGAAGGAGCAGCAUAAUCAAAAAAGGAGCAGAAGCAGCAGCAGCAGAAGCAGGAUCAGGAGCCAAAGCUCAGCGAGUUGUGGCAUUUCCGCUCGACAAAAUCCGGAACUGAGGCGACAACCCACCCAGCGACUACGACAAAGCCAGCUCCUCCGGCCGACCAGAAAUUCUAGCUCAUCAUUUCUGUGGCUCUUGCUGCUCGGGCAGGCAAUGGCCACUCUGGCAUCAUCAAAGUCUACCAAUGACACGACGGCCAGUACGGGCCUGUCAUUCCACACCAGCAAUGCCAGCGAUUAUGCGCUGCUCUUUGGCGACUUAACAACAACAACGACAGCUCUGAUGCCAGCACUGGGCGGUGGUCCUGGUGCUGCCAUCGAUGUAAUCGAGGAUGAGGAAGAUGCCGCCAAUGCCAGUGAAUAUAUCUUUGAUCGCACCGACGUGCGCAUCAUAUUUAUCACACUCUAUACCAUUGUCUUUUGCUGCUGCUUUUUCGGCAAUCUACUGGUCAUUCUGGUGGUCACACUGUCGCGACGUCUACGCUCCAUUACCAACUUCUUUUUGGCCAAUCUGGCAUUUGCAGACUUUUGUGUAGGCCUGUUCUGUGUGAUGCAGAAUCUUUCCAUCUAUCUUAUUGAGAGCUGGGUCUUUGGUGAGUUCCUGUGCCGCAUGUACCAGUUUGUGCACUCGCUCAGCUACACGGCAUCGAUAUUCAUACUUGUCGUCAUCUGCAUGGAACGCUACUUUGCCAUUGUGCAUCCCAUUACCUGCAAGCAGAUCCUGACUGCGGCACGUCUAAGGAUGGUCAUUGUCACCGUUUGGAUUACAUCGGCGGUCUACUCAACGCCCAAGUUUGUCUUUAGCAAGACCAUUAAGAAUGUGCACACACAGGAUGGGCAGGAGGAGGAGAUUUGUGUACUGGAUCGUGAGAUGUUCAACUCGAAAUUGCUGGACAUGAUUAAUUUUGUGCUGCUGUAUGUGAUGCCGCUGCUAGUGAUGACGGUGUUGUACAGCAAAAUUGCCAUUGCCCUGUGGCGCAGCUCCCGCGGACUGACCCCACAUGUGGUCCAGCAGAAGCAUCAUCCCGCUGCUGCUGGUCAGGACAAUAGCAUGGGCAUGCACAAUAGCAUGUACCAUCAUAAUCAUCAUCACAUCCACGCGCAUCAUCAUCAUCAGCUGCCAGCAUCGGCAUCGUCAGCGUCCGCGAUGGGUUCAGGAGCGGCUACCGGAGUGGGCGCAGUCGGAGUGGGUGUGGCAGUGGGCAUGGCCAUGGGCAUGGGCGGCGGUGGUGGUGGGGCAUCACUUGCUUCCGGCAGCAGCAGCACCACUUCCUUGUCACGUAAACAGAGCAGUAAAUAUGAGAAGCGCGGCGUCAGCAUCACCGAGAGCCAGCUUGAUAACUGCCAGGUAUCUCUCGAGGCCGAUCGACCGAUUGUCAGCGCCUGUCGCAAGACGAGCUUCUAUCAUCAUCCCCAUGCGCAUCAUCAGCGACAGGGCAAUGGAGGAGGAGGAGGCGGAAGUGGCAUGGGCAUGGCUGGUGCCACACACAUGUCACACUCGUCGAGCAAUGUCCUGCGCGCUCGCCGUGGCGUCGUCCGUAUGCUGAUAAUAUUUGUGCUGACAUUUGCCCUCUGCAAUCUGCCGUAUCAUGCUCGCAAAAUGUGGCAGUAUUGGUCACGUUCGUAUCGCGGUGAUUCCAAUUUUAAUGCGCUGCUAACGCCACUCACCUUUCUGGUCACGUACUUCAAUUCGGGCGUGAAUCCCCUGCUCUACGCCUUCCUCAGUCGCAACUUUCGCAAGGGCAUGAAGGAGCUGCUUCUGUGCUCGUGGAAGAAGGGCAAGGGCAAGUCCUCAUCGAACUCGUCGAUGCACCACAAGCGCAAGGCGCUGCAGACCCACUCUCUGCCCACGGACACCACGCACAUUGGCAACGAGCAGCUAUGAUGGCCAAGCUGCUGGAAGACGCCACUGAAGCUCUUCGGCAGACGCUCGUAGAACUCCACAAACUCCACAAACUGCAAACUGCAUCCGCAAACCAUAGACCAUACCAGGACCACCGCAUCCACUGCUAGUCCGUUCAGUCCUUAGCUAGCUAUAAUUUCUGAUUGUGAUUAUCCAACAAGCCUAUUGAAAAGCGGUAACCCUAGCGUAGAUCAUAGCCAUUAACGAGUUGUAUUAACAAACGUAAGUAGGUAAGGCAUUUUUUAAAGCUAAACCGAGUCGAACAUCGGAUUGUCUUCAGCUCUCUCGCUCUUUCUCAACUCUCAACUUGUCAAGUUUUUAGCAUAAGUUCUUAUUUU